ACGAAUGAGGCGUUGUGUGUGAUUUCAGAAGUAGUUUGUAUGAAAACACGAGCGUUUACAGGCAACCGCACAUCGUCAGUAUUGAUCCGGACAGCGGGUCUGUGCAGCACACAGUGUGUUUUGAUGACAUUCAUCAGUGCUGUUAUUAGCUAAGUUAAUUAGCCGCAGAAGCUCAUCGUUAAUAACACCGCCGCAUCAUCUGUGGACAAUGAAGAAGGUUGCUCUGCUGCUGGUUGUGUUGCUCGGCGUUGCACAUUUUGCAACUCUCAGCAGAUGUGAAGAUGAUGUUGCAGAGGAGAUGGAGGAUGCUGUUGAAGAGGACAGUGAGGAUGAGGAUGAGGAGGACGAAGAUGACACAGAAGUGAAAGAAGAGAACGGCGUGCUGGUUUUCACCAACAACAACUAUGACACUUUCAUGGAGGGCAAAGACACAGUUCUGGUUGAGUUUUACGCCCCAUGGUGUGGCCACUGCAAACAGUUUGCCCCAGAGUAUGAAAAAAUAGCUCAGGCUCUUAAGGAGAAUGACCCUCCUAUCCCUGUAGCCAAAGUGGAUGCAACAGUAGCCAACGAGAUAGCGGGCAGGUUCGAAGUGUCGGGCUAUCCCACCAUCAAGAUCAUAAAAAACGGGGAAGCUGUGGAGUACGAAGGAGCCAGGACAGAGAAGGCUAUUGUGGCCCGUGUGAAGGAGGUGGCUCAGCCAGAUUGGAAACCUCCUCCUGAGGCGACGCUGGUGCUGACGAAGGACAACUUUGAUGAGACUGUGAACAACGCUGACAUCAUCCUAGUGGAGUUCUACGCUCCAUGGUGCGGACACUGUAAGAAUUUGGCUCCAGUGUACGAGAAGGCAGCCAAGGAGCUGAGCCAACGCUCUCCUCCCAUCCCUCUGGCCAAGGUGGACGCCACUAUUGAGAGUGAGAUCGCCACACGUUUUGAAGUUACAGGCUAUCCCACCAUCAAGAUCUUCAGGAAAGGCAAGAUGUUCGACUACAACGGACCCAGAGAGCAGCAUGGCAUCGUUGAUUACAUGGGUGAGCAGGCAGGGCCUCCCUCAAAGCAGUUCCAGGCAGUAAAACAGGUUCAGGAGCUCAUUAAGGAUGGUGACGAUGCCGUCAUAGUUGGCGUGUUCUCCAGCGAACAGGACGCAGCCUAUGAGAUCUACAUUGAGGCCUGUAAUGCACUGAGGGAAGACUUCGUGUUCCGUCACUCCUUCAGCUCUGAAGUGGCCAAACUGCUCAAUGCCUCGCCGGGUCAGAUCAUCAUCACUCAGCCUGAAAGGUUCCGCUCAAAGUUCGAGCCAGCGUCACACACACUCUCAGUGAUGGACUCUACAUUGGUGACGGAAGUGCAGGAAUUCUUCAAAAAGCAUGUGAUUCCCCUGGUGGGCCACAGAAAACCUGCCAAUGAUGCAAAGCGCUACAUUAAAAGACCCCUGGUGGUCGUGUACUAUGGAGUUGACUUCAGCUUUGACUUCAAGAAAGCUACACAGUUCUGGAGGUCCAAGGUGCUCGAGGUGGCCAAUGACUUCCCUGAGUACACGUUUGCCAUCGGUGACGAGGAGGACUACGCAGAAGAGCUGAAGAGUCUGGGCCUCAGCGACAGCGGAGAGGAAGUGAAUGUGGGAAUUCUGGCAGAUGGAGGCAAAAAGUUUGCCAUGGAGCCGGAGGAGUUCGAUGCUGACGUGCUGAGAGACUUUGUCAUGGCUUUCAAGAAAGGAAAGCUCAGCCCCAUCAUUAAGUCCCAGCCGGUGCCAAAGAACAAUAAAGGACCCGUUAAGGUCGUGGUAGGAAAGACCUUUGACGAGAUCGUCAUGGAUACCCAGAAAGAUGUCCUGAUCGAGUUUUACGCUCCCUGGUGCGGCCACUGUAAGAAACUGGAGCCAGAUUAUUUGGCUCUGGGCAAGAAGUACAAGGGGGAGAAGAACCUGGUGAUCGCCAAGAUGGACGCCUCGGCCAACGAUGUGCUAAACGAGAACUACAAAUCCUCAGGCUUCCCCACGAUAUACUUUGCCCCAAGCAACAGCAAGCAGAGCCCCAUCAAAUUUGAAGGUUUAGACAGAACAGUUGAGGGCUUCAGCAGUUUCUUGGAAAAGCACGCCACAAAGCUAUCACAGAAAAGAGACGAACUUUGAAAAGCUCUCUCAACGAGCAGCAGCUAAGAACUCUAACCGUGCGCGGGCAGAGUCUUCGACGAGGCUGUGGGACGGCGAAGUGAACGCAUCGGAGUUAAUAACGAUGUUACUGAGUUGCUGUGAUGAUUACAAUGUUAAAUCAUCUUUUUUUUUUUUCUGUUCCUGAUAAGCAUGUAAGCACUGAAGGUUUCAGUCUUUUUAAAUAAAACUAAAUACCAUGGUGGCUUUGUGAGCUGUCACUCAAA